AUGUCUUUUACUACAUCGUCCAGUGUACCAUCCAACGACCAGUUUGAUAGAGAGUCUGUUGGCUCAACACCACCAUUACCAGAACAAGCUUGCGAAAUACAAACACUCAUGUGCUCCUUUUUGAAAGAGCAUACAGCAUAUGACGUCUUACCUGUGAGCUAUCGGCUGAUUGUCUUUGAUACUCGACUCUUGGUCAAGAAAGCAUUGAACGCACUUGUACAGAACGGCAUUGUCUCUGCUCCUCUGUGGUCCAGCGAAACACAACGAUUUGCAGGCAUGCUAACCGUGGCCGACUUUAUCAAUUUGAUACAAUACUACUAUACCCACUCUUCUGUCGAAGACGCUUCUCGUGAAAUUGAGAGCUUCGAGUUGGCACAUUUACGCAACGUAGAGAAAUUAGUUGGAGCACCAGCACCUCAAUUAGUGUCGAUGGACCCCAUGGCUACAUUGUAUGACGCGUGUCGAAAGUUGGCAGAAAGCAGGGUACAUCGAGUCCCACUGUUGGAUAAGGAACCGGAAACUGGCACAGAGAUGAUUGUUAGCGUGAUUACACAGUACCGUAUUCUGAAGUUUAUUGCUUCCAAUUUUAAGCACACUAGAGCAUUAAGACAACCGUUAUCAGAACUGAAAAUUGGAACCUACGAGAAUAUAGCAACAGCAUCCAUGUCAACACCGGUGAUUCAAGUGAUCAAUAUGUUUGUGGAGCAAAAUAUAAGUGCCGUGCCCAUUGUGGACGCAAAUGGCGUGGUGCUCAAUGUGUACGAGACGAUCGAUGUGAUGAGUAUUGCUAGAUCAGGGCGAUACAAGGAACUGGAUAUCCCUGUUGGAGAGGCAAUGGAAGCGAGGCCCAAGGACUAUCCUGGAGUGCAUACAUGUACACUGAAUGACACAUUGCACUCCAUUUUCAGAACCAUCAGAAAGCAGAGGGUGUAUAGGCUAAUCAUUGUGGACGGAGAGAACAAGCUGAUUGGCAUUGUCAGUCUAUCAAACAUCUUGGGUUAUCUUGUGGGCUAUAAACGCCCGUAA